AAUAACCAAGGUCUUGCUGUAUUUCGCUCCCGUACAGACCGCACACAUGCUAGUGACAAUUUUUAUGUCCUCUUGAACGUUUUUUUGGUGGCAUCUGUGUGCGUAUGGUUUAAAAUUAGACCACAAGCCUAGAAAAUACUAAUUAUAACACCGCUUGCCUUUGAUUAUUUUAUUACAUAGUGAACGAAAUCGCGCGACCUUUAACAAUGCCCAAGUGAAUAAAUUAAUAAUUAAAGUGAAAAAAAUAAAACCAUGGCGGCUAGUUUAGCCCGAAGGGUGUCCCGAUUUUUUAAACGGAUGGGUCUGGUGGGCUAUAGCAAACGUCGGAACAUAUUCGGAAUCCAUCCUUUAGUUAUCUCAACCACUUACAUAAUCCUAGCACUCGCUUUAGCGGCCCUAACUCGAAAAGUGGUCAACUUGGUGCUAAACGACAGCCUUUUCAAACGCAUGAUUUUGGAAUUCAUCGCAACUUUGGAAUUGUGCGCCGCUUGUUUCGAAUUAAUUAUCGUUGCGGACAAUUGGGGCAUUUGGGCCUACGCUUUUUACCUCUUCGUUUUAACGAUAUGGUGGAGUUCGAGUUGGGACACGGCAACCGCGUGUCCCUACAGCCCCAUCGAAGAAAUCCUGGAAGGGUCUCAGGAUGUGAGCAAUGCUGCGUUGUUGAUUUUCUCGCAGAUUUUGGGCGCUUUGGUCACGUUUCGUUACGUGCAAAUUUUAUGGGCGAUGGAAUUGGUUGAAACCCAUCGCAGUAAAGCGUUCGAGGAUUGCAUGGCCGAUUUGCAAGUGCACAUGCUUGUGGGGGCUGUUGUUGAAGCGACAGGGACGUGUCUUUGCCGAUUGGCGUCGAAGUUUUUGAGCGAUACUCAAGUCAAAUUUGCGAACGUGUUGGAUGCGUUUUUUGCCACCAUGAUGGUGGUCGCAGCUUUCAAUUUCUCUGGAGGAUAUUACAAUCCAGCGUUGGCGACUUCGUUGAAACUUGGUUGUGAGGGCAAUACUUUCGUCGAACAUUUAGUUGUGUACUGGAUUGGGGCGACUAUAGGGUCCGUAUUGUCAGUUUUGAUUUUUAAGUCGGCGCCGGUUCGGGAAUAUAUGAGAAGUGUGAAGGCUAAAGUGGAUUAAACUUGUUUUUUUUUUGACCUGAUCUAGUCAUAAUUGUAAUAAUUAAAUAAAUUAAUUACGAAAUGAA